CACUGCUAUUUGCAAUUUCAUUGAAAUCUAAAGUGACGAAAGUGUAAGAUUAAUUUAAGGAGAAAAUACAAAUUUCGUAAUAUAAUGGCUAUACCUGGGGGUAGAAAUUUAACGUUUGCAUUUUGCUUGUUCAUCGGUUUCAUAUUGGUGGGGAAUAUUAAUUUUGGUGUGGACGCAGCUGAAAAAGAGAUACCCGCAACAAAGUUCGGCCAAAAUGUUGGUGGACCUACAAUGACAUUUUUAUAUUGCUACUCUUGUGGUUAUCGCAAGGCGUUUGAGGAUUACGUGAACAUACUUACGGAGAGGUAUCCACAAAUGACAGUGCACGGUGCCAACUAUGAUCCGCCCGGUUUCAACAUGUACAUUUCACGUAUUGUUUUCGCAGCAAAAAUUCUGUUCAUCGUAGUAAUUGUCUCUUCGUUUGAUAUAUUCGGCACCAUUGGUCAACAAACGCCUGCUUGGUGGCGGCAUUUGUUGGACAAUAAAUUGUACGCCUGUAUGAUGGUAUUUUUCGUGGGAAACAUGCUCGAGGGCCAGCUUGUUGCCUCCGGAGCUUUUGAAAUAACACUGAAUGAUGUUCCCGUGUGGUCGAAAUUACAAACUGGGCGCAUACCUGCACCUCAAGAACUCUUUCAGAUCAUCGACAAUCAACUUCAGUUCACAGAACCCAUUCGGGAGAAUCCAGACUUUGUUAAAUAAUAAUUAAGCCAAGCAUCCGUUUAUUACAUACAGAUUUAGCUCAACUAUGGGAAUUGCUACAUAGUCCAAGAAAGAUUAUUUCGUGUAUUUUUUUAAUAGUCUUGUGUGUAUGUGUAAUAACCAAUACAGACUUGCGCUGCUGUUGGGGUAGCAUAUUUUAUUGGGGGGGGAUAUAUAAGUACCAUAAGCAAAUGUUUGAAGUCACAUGCAGAACACUGCGCUUAAAUUUAAGUUCUUUUGUUUUCAUGGUUAUUUGUUUUUAAGUUCAACUACUUGUCUUUCUUUGAUUUAUUUGUGUUAAAGAAAAAAACUGAAGUGUCACCAAAAUUUAUAAACUUAAAUAAAAUAUAAUAAAAUAAUGA